AUGCCGGCAGAUACUAAUCAGUUUACUCCGUCAUCCAUAUCUGUAAAUCCAUCCGAACUCUCUCUAUCUCAACUUCAAUCGCUUACCAACAUAGAUGAUAUUCAAGAAUAUCUUCGACUAUUAGAUCUAGAAGAAAAUCAAGUAGACGUUGAUUUGGACGCUUUAUUAGACAAAAGAACAUAUCUUGAAACAGAAUUAGACAAACUAGAGGCUUUACGACCACAAUUAGGAACAUUACACUCAAAAUCCGCCGAUUUGGUGAAAAUAAUAAAUACUACUUCGAAAGUAGCAGAGAGGAUAUCGGCUCAAGUCAGGCAAUUGGAUUUGGAACAAUCGCGGGUGCAGCAAUCGAUAAAACAAGUUGAAGAUGUCCAAGAGCUCAAGUCUUGUAUCAAUGGAAUUUAUAAUGCGAUGCAGAAGCGCGAUUACGAGACGGCAGCAGUGCACGUUCACAGGACGUCGACGAUGGACGAAAAGAUACUCACUGGGAAAUUUGCCGAGGUAGCAAUACCGACUGGCGAACAUCCUGAUAUACCGCAAAAGCUUUUGCACGAUUCAAAGGAGACCUUGUAUGCUAUAUUUUCACGAGAAUUCGAUGCGGCUGUGCAAGCGAGAAACGAGAGCGAGAUUAGUCGGUUCUUUAGGCUAUUCCCGUUGAUCGGGAGGGAAACUGAGGGAUUGGACAAAUAUUCAAAUUUUGUUUGUGGGAUUAUUGCUGGGAGGAGUCAGGCUAAUCUGGCGGCAGAUGCUUCUGAUGCCAAGUUUUACGCAGAAACAAUCAAAAAACUCUUUGAGAACAUAGCUAUAAUAAUAAAUCAGCAUCAGCCAGUAGUCGAGACUCACUAUGGUCCAGGAAAAAUGAUUAGAGUUAUCGAGAGGUUGCAAGAGGGAUGCGAUAAGCAAAGUAGAAUUAUCCUGAAUUCAUUCAUAGAUGAGAGACAUGUGCAGAGAAAGAUAUCUGACAUUAAAGCCUCGAAUAAUACCGCUAGGCUCUCGUUUGCAUCUCAGAGAUCAAAUCAGGCAAAGGAAAAUGACAACGCGCCAGAUCCAAGGGAGAUUGAUGCCAUACUAGUCGAGCUUGCUACAAUCAGUCAGAAUACUCAUUUAUACUUUCAGUUUAUAAGGUCUAAAGUGAAGAGUGAACUCGAUUUAUUGAAAACCGAAAAAACAGACACCUCGUUUGACGUUGACGAGCCGUUCAAUUCGAGUGGUCUGUGCAAACAACUUCGAGAGUUGAUGGAAGACUACUUGCUUAUUGAAGUAUUCUAUCUUCGAAGAUCAAUGAAGAAGGCAAUGACAAUAGACGAGUACGAUGAAAGCCACCGUACGUCCAGUUGCGUCGAUGACGUAUUCUUUGUUCUCAACCGAUGUAUCCAACGAGCAAUCGUGACGUCCGAUGUCGAUGUGAUAUCGUCAUUCGCCAACAGCGUUAAUCACUAUCUGGAAACCGAUUACACGAGUGUUAUUCAGAAGAGACUGUCUACUCUAUUUACAUCCAAUGAUGCCGAAGACGCCCGCAUCCGUUUCAUGAUACUGUUGAAUAAUCUUGACAUGAGCUGUAUUUACUUUCAAAGACUCUCGACUGAACUCCAACAAGAUACGUUGAGUAGUUUGACCUCUAUUGUUACCGAGGAGGACAUUGAAAAGAUUCGUGCAUUGUUGGCAUGGCUAGAAGACUCUGCGACCGGGAAAUUUGGUCAGAUCUUGGAGAGUGGAUUGGAUCAAUUAUUCGGACAAACGAUAAAACCACGGAUCCGUCCGUUAUUACAAGAGGCAUAUCGUGACGUUAAAUACGUUCUCGAAGAGGAAGAGUAUCACGAACUGGAGGCAAACGACUUUUUCGGUAGAAGAUUUGUCAAUGGAUUUAAUAAUCUUCAACAAUUGUAUAAAACGCGGUUUACCGAUAAUAACUAUAAUCACAUUAUGACGCUUAUCAUGGACUCAACUAUAAACAUGCUAGAAAAGACAAUAUCCGCUACCAAGUUUAAUCAGGCAAGUCUGGGAGCUCUUCGAUUUGACAAAGACUUACGUGCAGUACUCAACUACUUUACGAGAAACGUUCAGGGACCCGUGCGCGAUAAAUUCACACGUCUUAGUCAGAUCUCAAUGUUGUUGAAUCUCGAAGUGUUGUCGGAAAUAAACGAUUAUUGGGGUUCAAGUAGUGGAGUUACUUGGCGGUUGACUGUUGCCGAAGUAAGAAAAGUCCUUGGAUUGAGAAUCGAUUUUAAUCAAGAGGAAGUUGCGAAUCUUAAGCUGUAG